AUGUCAGAAAGAGUCCUGAUUCUGGACUCGUAUCCACAACCUCUCCCGUCGAGCCGGUUCAGGUUCGUGUCGUGGAAUGGCCUGGAGCAGUGUGAUGUCACGGGUGACCAGCUGACCUGCCCCAGGGUCCGAGAAGGGCCUUCAGAAGAGGAGCUGUUUCUAAGAGGGGGAGGUGACGUCUGUUUGGAGAGAGGGAGGAGACGCAGGAGGAGAGAGGAGGAAGGACAAAGAUGGGAGGAGAGACUGCAAGAGAAUUGGGAAAACUGCCUGGAGUUAAAUCUGUCCUACCAGGACUUGGGGGACCCCUUCCAGCAGGAGAAUUUCCUGCGGAUCCUCCGCCGGCUGAUCCGCGUGGAGAAGCUGCAGCUGGUGGACAACUCCCUCGCCAACCUGAGCUCCGUGCUCCUGCCACGGUGCACGAUGCUCAACCUGCACCGCAACCACCUGGCGUGUCUGCGUCAGCUGCCAAAGCUCCCGGCGGUGGAGCACCUUUGUCUGUCCGACAACGCCGUCGGCUCCCUGGGGGGUCUGGGGGCCCUGAGGGACGGCCCGCUUCGCUCCCUCAUCCUGACCCGCAACCCAGUGACCUUCACCCAGGACUACCGUGCGCGCGUUUUCCUCUGUUUGCCAAAGCUGGAGAUCCUGGAUGGAAUCCCGAAGCUGCCAGAAGACUCUCGACCCACCAGACUACAGUUCCCAGAAAGCGCCAGGAUGUGCAGCAUUUUAUGACCUUUUCAGGUUCUCCCGGUCUUCCCACGUGUGAUGCCGGCUAAAGCGCUGGGCCACAAACUGACGUCGCGCUAAACUCUUUAUCAAACUCUUCAAUUUAUUUAAACUGAACGCAUUCACAGGAAAUGUGCUGUUAAUAUGCUCCAAGUCUAUCCAGAAUACUUUUUAUGUACAUCUAUAUUUUUAUCAUUAUUAAUACCUUUGUGAUAGUAAUGUUUUUGUACCUCUACACACACUCAUCUACACAUUUUGAUAAUAAAUAGAAAAUACCAUGAA